AUGGCUUCAGUUUCUCACUAUUUCUUGCUAGUUCUGGUCUUUCUGGAUUCACAUGCAGCUCAGCCAUCCUGUCUGCCAGGAUGUACCUGCUCAGAGGAGAGUUUUGGCAGGACUCUGCAGUGCGUGUCUAUCACUUUGGGAAAGAUCCCAAGGAAACUUCCUGAAGAGUUCAAGCAAGUGAGAAUUGAAAAUUCACCCUUAUUUGAACUGCCCCGAGGGUCUUUCAUCAACAUGAGCACCUUGGAGUACCUUUGGCUCAAUUUUAACAAUGUCACUGUGAUCCAUCUAGGAGCCCUGGAGCACCUGUCAGAACUGAAAGAGCUGAGACUGGAGGGGAACAAACUCCGUUCAGUACCAUGGACAGCGUUCCGGGCCACCCCGCUUCUGCGGGUCUUGGACCUCAAAAACAACAGGAUUGAUGCACUCCCUGAACUGGCUCUUCAGUUCUUGGUCAAUCUGACCUACCUUGACCUAUCCUCCAAUAGGCUUACAGUUGUAGCCAAGAGUGUCUUCUUGAACUGGCCAGCCUACCAGAAACACGGGCAGCCUGGCUGUGAGGCCGAGAUUCUCUCCAGCAUGGUGCUGGCUCUGCACGACAACCCCUGGUUAUGUGACUGUCGCCUAAGGGGACUUGUCCAGUUUGUAAAGUCCAUCAGCCUUCCAAUAGUCCUGGUGAAUCCCUACCUCAUGUGUCGAGGUCCUCUCUCCAAGGCAGGUCAGCUUUUUCACGAAACAGAGCUCAGUGCUUGCAUGAAGCCGCAGAUCUCAACCCCCAGUGCCAAUGUCAGCAUCCGGGUGGGACAGAAUGUGACCCUGCGAUGCUUGGUACAGGCUAGCCCCUCACCAACUAUUGUCUGGACUUAUCCCCUGAGCACGUGGAGGGAAUUUGAUGUGUUGACCUCGUCUACUGCAGAAGAUGCUGCUCUGUCGGAGCUGGUCAUACCUGCUGCCCACCUGGUAGACAGGGGCAGUUACACCUGUGUAGCCUCCAACUCCAUUGGCAGGAGCACCUGUGUCAUCUCCCUCCACGUCCAGCCGGCCCAGGCCCCGCCCACACGCCAUUCUCUUUUCUCCACUUCAGAGGGCAAUGCCUACGUUGACCUGCGGGUGGUUAAGCAGACGGUGCGUGGGACAGUGCUGGAAUGGUUUGUGGCGGCCGACACCCCUGAGAAGUGGUUCACCCUAAUUGGGUCGGAUGAAGCCCUCAGGAAGGAGGUCGUUCAUGUCGGCUCAGGAAUCAGCACAUACUUGGUGGAUGAUCUCCUCCCUGGCACAAAAUAUGAGGUCUGCCUUAGCCUGGGGCGCCAGCCCCCACGCCAGGGCCGGUGCGUGGUCUUUGUGACGGGUCGAGACCACGGCGGGCUGGAGGGACGCGAGCGCCUCCUGCACACCACGGUGAUCCUGUGCGCCGUGCUGCUUGCGGUGCCUGUGGGCGCCUAUGUCUGGGCAGUCCAGGCUCCCUGCAGCUGCAGGGAGUGGGGCCUGCGCUGCUGUCCUCAUCGCAGGAAAGCCCCCAGGUGCCCCCUGGCAGUCCCAGAGCACAGGGAUGUCUCCUACGGAGACCACACAGCUGUCUGUGAAGAUGGCCUGGGGCACAGAGAUGCUGAGGGGGAGGGCGGCGAGGAGAGAGAUGAAGAGGGAGACAGUGGCCCGGGAGGAAUGGUGGGGACCUCCAGCCCCUAA